AUGCCUUUCCGUGAAAGAGUGAGGCGGGUGUUCCGUCCUUCCUCCUCGAGCAGUGCCGAGAACAAGCCUAAGGUCGAAUACUAUCGUCGCCACGAGGUCCCGCCGUCUAAAUUCCGUGGCCCUUUUGACAAGGCCCACCAGAAAAGCCUGGCCGCUUGGUCCUUUGAGGGUGCCUGUGUCGAGCGAUCACGGUCCUGCGACGACCUGGCUCUCUCACCCUGCGCCACCAAUAAUCGACAUGAUGGCUGUGAUGGUCCCGACAGCGGCGAGGCCGAGUGCUCAUUGGACGAGAUAGCCGACUCAGGUAAGUUGUUAUCUCUGCUCUCAGACUCCCGUCGAUUCUCCGACACACUCCGUUCUGACGCCACAUUCCGCGUAGCUCCUUCGUCGUUUGCUGUCUCGCAGUCCUCCACCAUCGUCGACCUGGAGAGCUACGGUUCUUCAGCGACCGCCUCGGUCAAGACCCUUGUCCCGGAGAAAGCCCCCUUCUACGACCUCCCAGACGACCCGAUUGCCCAGAUUAAGGAGUCUAUCCGCUUCACCUCGCCCGCCAUGUACGCCCUGACGCCCCGGAUCAUCUCGCCGUGCCUGUCACCGCGAGGAAAGCAGCUCCCCUUCGCGCCGGAGGACCUGACACGCGCCUUGAUUGCUGUGCAGAUCUGCGCGUAA